AUGCUUUCAUCACGAGCAUUGACUCGACAAGGCCUUCGGGUCAACCGCCGAUUUUUGGCAAGAAGAUCCCAAACUUCCGUGGCUCACAAGUCAUUCCGAAGGGCGGCAUCUCGGCCACUUGGUAACAGUCUAAAGAGACUUCCAAGUGUCUUGCCUUACUCGACCGAACAAAUUUUGAAGUCUAGAGAUUCCAAGAUUGAUUUGUCCAAACAAAGAAUCUUGUACGACGCCAAGGAUGAAAAGGAUAACUGCGGUGUCGGUUUGAUUGCGAAUCUUAAGUCAAAGCCUUCUAGACAUGUCGUCGAUGUUGCUGACGAGAUGCUUGUCCGUAUGAGCCAUCGCGGAGGAUGUGGUUGUGAUCCAGCUUCGGGAGAUGGUGCUGGUAUGCUCUUUGGGAUGCCCGACAGCUUUAUGCGCUUGAAGGCCAAAGAGAACUUUGGUGUGGACCUUCCCGAAAUGGGAAAGUAUGCCGUCGCCAAUAUAUUUUUCCCACCCGCCAGUGACACUCGAUCCAUUAUGGGCGAUUGCAAAGCCAUUGUCACACGUCUCGCCAAGGAACGUGGCGUCAAUGUCCUAGGAUGGCGUCCUGUGCCCGUGGACAAUUCCAUGCUCGGAAAGGAACCUUUGAACUCCGAACCCAUCACCGAACAACUCUUUGUGACCAUGGAUAAGGCCCAAGAUCAACGUGCCUUUGAACAAGACUUGUUGUUGGUCCGCAAAAUGGCCGAAACGGAAGUCCAAGAAAUGUUGGGUCCCGAAUCUGGAUUCUAUGUCAACUCCUUGACCACCACCCACAUUACCUACAAGGGACAAUUGACACCGGAACAAGUCAGCCAGUAUUACCUGGAUUUGCAAGACCCAGACUUUCUCAGUCAUCUUGCUCUGGUCCAUUCUCGUUUCUCUACCAACACCUUUCCUUCGUGGGAACGUGCCCAACCCAUUCGCAUGAUGUGUCACAAUGGAGAAAUCAAUACUCUUAGAGGAAACAAGAAUUGGAUGUAUUCUCGAGGUGGAAUCAUGGAAUCGCCCGAAUUUGGGGACGAUACCACCCAUCUAUUGCCAGCUACUUCGGACAACAUGAGUGACUCUGGAAACUUUGAUUCCGUCUUGGAACUCAUGACCAAGGCAUCUUCUCGAUCUCUUCCAGAAGCCGUCAUGAUGAUGAUUCCAGAGGCAUGGCAAGAUAACGACAACUUGUCCGAAGCCAAAAAGGCGUUUUACGAGUUCAACUCUUGUGUCAUGGAACCUUGGGAUGGACCUGCCAUGGUUGCCUUUACUGAUUCUCGGUACAUUGGUGCCACUUUGGAUCGUAACGGUCUACGACCAUCCAGAUACUAUGUUACCAAGGAUGAUCACGUGGUUCUUUCCUCUGAGAUUGGAGUCUGCCCUGAACUUCCUGAUUCGGAAGUCACUAUCAAGCAUCGUUUGGAACCAGGAAAGAUGUUCUUGGUUGACUUUGAAACUCAACGCAUUGUUCCAGAUGAUGAAAUCAAGGAACAGAUUGCUGCCCUCAAGCCCUAUGGAGACUGGAUUGAGAAUCACAUGAUUGAUUUGGAAAAAUGGACUGCCGCCUCUGGAACUGCUCGCGAGCCCAUGGACUUUGCUGUGACCAACCGCAAGCUCAACUUGUUUGGAUACUCGAGCGAGAAAUUGGAGAUGCUCUUGUUGCCCAUGGCUGUCGGUGGUAAGGAACCACUUGGAAGUAUGGGAAAUGAUGCUGCCUUGGCCGUCUUGUCGGAACAUCCUCGUCAAGUGAAUGAUUACUUCAAGCAACUCUUUGCUCAAGUGACCAACCCUCCAAUUGAUCCCAUUCGUGAGGAAAUUGUCAUGAGUUUGGUCUGUCCUGUUGGACCUGAAGGAAACCUCUUGGAUGACCCUAACGAGACACACUGUCAACGAUUGGUCGUCAAGUCACCGGUCUUGUCCUUGGAGGAAAUGGCUACUCUCAAGAACGACGAAUUCAAGGCUACUACUGGUGGACCAGGAUUCAAGACUACCGUGAUUGAUACUACUUUCCCUGUGGAUGCUGGUGUCGAUGGCAUGUUGGCGGCUCUCGAACGCAUUUGUGACCAGGCUGCUGAAGCCAUUCAAGGUCCCGCCCAUGGAAAGAAGGGAGUUCAAGGUAUCAUUCUUUCUGAUAAGUUUGCUGGACCUGACCGCAUGGCAUUGCCUUCUUUGGUAGCUGUUGGUGCUGUCCACCAUCACUUGAUUGGUACCAAGCAACGCCCCAAAGCUGCCAUCUUUGCCGAAGUUGGUGACUGUAAGGAAGUCCAUGAUUUUGCCACUAUUUUUGGAUAUGGUUGCGAUGGAGUUUGCCCGUACAUGGCCUACGAAGCCAUGUGCAAGAUGAAUGCUGAUGGUAUGGUUGAAGCCACGGCUAAGCGCGAGUUCACCGAUGACGAGCUCAUGACCAACUACCGCAAGGCUGCUGCCAAGGGUCUUCUCAAGGUUAUGAGCAAGAUGGGUAUCUCCACACUUCAAAGUUACAAGGGUGCUCAAGUCUUUGAAGCUGUUGGUUUGGCCGAAGAAGUUGUCGAUCGAUGCUUCACUGGUACUACCACCAGAAUUCAAGGUACCGACUUUGAAGCAUUGUACCGUGAUAUGGAACGAUUCCACGAUGAUGCUUUCCCCCGCCAUUCUCAAGAAGACGAUAUCUUGGUUCGUAGUGAUGGUCAAUUCCACUGGAGAGAUGGUGGCGAAGCUCACUUGAAUACUCCUGGUGGCAUGGUGAACCUUCAGGUCGCUGCCCGAACCAAUUCUCGAGAUGCCUACAGGGAAUUCUCCAGAAUCACCAACGAACAAAACCAAAAGGUCACUCUUCGUGGACAGCUCAAGUUCCAGUUUGAUCCCUCCAAGGGCAUUCCUCUCGAGGAAGUUGAACCUGUGAGCGAGAUUGUGAGGCGAUUUGCCACUGGAGCCAUGUCUCUUGGUUCUAUCAGUCAAGAAGCUCACGAAACUUUGGCAGUUGCCAUGAAUCAAAUCGGAGGACGUUCCAACACUGGAGAAGGUGGUGAAGAUCCCCUGAGAUUCAAGGACAACCGUCGAUCCAGUAUCAAGCAAGUGGCCUCUGGUCGUUUUGGUGUCACUUCUGAAUACCUUGCGAACAGUGACCAAAUUCAAAUCAAGAUGGCACAAGGAGCAAAGCCCGGAGAAGGAGGAGAACUUCCUGGAUUCAAGGUUUCCCAGUACAUUGCCAAGAACCGUCACACUACCCCUGGCGUUGGUUUGAUUUCCCCACCUCCCCAUCACGACAUUUACUCGAUUGAGGAUCUUGCUCAACUAAUUCAUGAUUUGAAGAACGCACAACCACAUGGAGAAGUUUCUACCAAGCUUGUCUCUGAAGUUGGUGUCGGUGUUGUCGCUGCUGGUGUUGCCAAGGCUUUCUCUGACCACAUCCUUGUCAGUGGACACGAUGGUGGUACAGGAGCAGCUGCCUGGACUGGAGUCAAGGGAUGUGGACUUCCAUGGGAACUUGGUCUUGCCGAGACUCAGCAAACUCUUGUUCUCAAUGGACUUCGUGACCGUAUCAAGUUGCAAACUGAUGGUCAACUCAAGACUGGACGCGAUGUCGCCAUUGCAUGUCUUCUUGGAGCUGAAGAAUAUGGUUUCGCUACUGCCCCAUUGAUUACCAUGGGAUGCAUCAUGAUGCGAAAGUGCCAUUUGAAUACCUGCCCCGUUGGUAUUGCUACUCAAGACGAAGAACUCCGAAAGAAGUUUACUGGUCAACCAGAGCACGUUGUCAACUAUUUGUUCUUCGUUGCUGAGGAAGUUCGUGAGAUUAUGGCCAAGCUUGGAUACAGAACAAUGGAAGAGAUGAUUGGCCAAACACAACAUCUCGAAGUGAACCGAAAGGGCCAACACUACAAGAGCCGUGGGUUGGACUUGAGCCCACUUUUGACACCUGCUCAAGAGUUGAAUCCUUCUGCUGGUAUCUUCAACACCACCGGCCAAGACCAUGGACUCGAUAAGAAAAUCGACAACUCCUUGAUUGUAAGAGCCAAGGAUGCCCUCGAGAACAAGACUCCUGUUGUCAUUGAAGAUGUGGUAAACAACCUUGACCGUACCCUCGGAACCAUGCUUUCGUAUGAGGUCUCCAAGCGUCACGGUGGAGAAGGUCUUCCAGAUGACACCAUUACUGUGAACCUCAAGGGUCAUGCCGGUCAAUCAUUUGGUUUCACCCUUGCUAAGGGUAUCACCAUGAAUGUUGAAGGAGAUGCUAACGAUUACACCGGAAAGGGUCUCUCUGGAGGAAAGAUCUCUGUUGCCCCAUCACCAGAAGUUAUCAAGGACGGAUUCAAGCCAGAAGACCAUGUUGUUGUUGGAAACGUCUGCUUGUAUGGCGCCACCUCUGGAAAGGCAUUCUUCAGUGGAAAGGCUGGUGAGCGUUUCUGCGUUCGAAACUCUGGAGCUCUUGCCGUUGUCGAAGGAGUUGGAGAUCAUGGUUGCGAAUACAUGACUGGUGGAGUCAUGGUAUGCUUGGGUGAAACUGGCCGCAACUUUGCCGCCGGAAUGAGUGGAGGUAUUGCUUACAUUUACGAUCCCGACAACAAGUUCCCCACAAGAUGCAACAUGGGGCUUGUUGGCUUGGAAACCAUCGACACCGAGGCCGAGAAGCAAGAAGUCUUUGAAUACAUUCAAGAGCACGUUGCUGCUACGAGAAGCGGUGUUGGGCAAGAGAUGCUAGAGAACUGGGACGAAAGAAGCAAGCAAUUCGUGAAGGUCUUCCCACAUGACUACAAGAGAGUCCUCGAAGAAAGGUCCAAGGCUAUGGAAGAAGCUGCAUAA